AUGGCUCUCUCCCUCCUGGUUGCCGUUACAGUUUCUUGCGUGCUCUACAUCGUGUGGGGUAUCAUUCGCCACUACUUCCUCAAACUCGCUAUCGAUGCCCUCCCAGGACCCCCAUCAGACUCAUUGCUACUUGGGAAUGUCCUCAGAAUGCGCGCCGGCCAAGGAUGGCAGGACUUGCAGAGUUACGCAGACACGUACGGGAGGGCUUACGUAGCCCCAUACCUUUUCGGACGCCGCCAUGCCGUGAUCUCCGACCCGAAGGCACUUCACUACGUCAUGAUCAAAGAGCAGGAUAUCUGGCAAAAAGAUAUAGAUUCUUCGCUUGAUAAUACCUUCGCCCUCGGUCCGAGCGUGCUCUUUACGGCCGGCGAGCAGCACAAGCGGCAAAGAAAGCUGUUGAAUCCGGUCUUCUCCGUCGCCCACCUCCGCGGAAUGAUGGACAUCUUCUACAGAGUCGCGCACCAGCUCGAUCGUGCAAUGGACGCGCAUCUUCCCAGCGGCGGUGGCGAGCUGGAUGUGUCUACAUGGAUGGGCCGUGGCACGCUAGAGAUGCUCGGCCAAGCGGGUCUCGGGUACUCCUUCGACGACUUCACUGCCUCGGCUGCCGACGAGCUCGGGGACUGCAUGAAGCGGCUUUUCGCGACGGCGUCGCAGAUCCCUCUCCUCUUCUUCGCGCAGUAUGAACUGCGGAAGUACCUCUCUCACGCUAGUAUCCGCGCGCUGUUCCGAUGCCUGCCACACAAGGGUUUCCGCGACUUCAUGAAGAUCACGGACACCAUCAGGCGCCGCUCGGAUGAGAUCAUCCGCGCACGCCAGGAAGCGUUGACGAAGGAUGACGACGCGCUCAAGCAGGAGGUGGGCGAAGGCAAGGACAUCAUCAGUGUUUGCCUGAAAGCCAACAUGGCCGCCGCCGAAGACGAGAAGAUGUCCCAAGAGGAACUGGUUGCCCAGAUUUCGACGUUCAUGCUCGCCGGCAUGGACACCACAUCGAACUCGCUCGCGCGUGUCCUCCAGCUCCUGGCGGAGCAUCCGGAAGCCCAAGACAAGCUCCGCGCCGAGGCCUUCGAAGCGCAAGGCGUGGACCGCGCGGACCUCCCGUACGAUGUCCUGGAACGGCUCCCCUACCUCGACGCCGUCUGUCGGGAAACGCUGCGGCUCUUCGCUCCCGUCCCGCUGUCCAGCCGCACCGCGACGAAGGACACCGUGCUCCCGUUCCUGGAGCCCAUCGCUUUGCGCGACGGCCGGCGCGUCACCGCGCUCGCCGUCGAGCGCGGCACCACCGUCACCGCCCACUACUCCGGGCCGAACGUCGACAGGGCGCUCUGGGGCGCGGACGCGCUCCAGUGGACGCCCGAGCGGUGGCUCGACAGGCUUCCCAAGGCGGUCGAGGACGCGCGCAUCCCCGGGGUGUACGCACACCUGACGACGUUCGCGGCGGGGGCCUACUCCUGCAUCGGCUUCAAGUUCUCCCAGCUCGAGAUGAAGGUCAUGCUCUCGAUACUGAUCACGCAUUACAAGUUCGAGACCACCGGCAGGCCGAUCGAGUGGAACAUGGGCGGCGUCAUAUUCCCGUCGAUGGCCGAGGACAGGUCGAAGCCGGGGUUGGUGCUCAAGCUCACCGUCCUUAAGGCCUGA